AUGAGUUCCGUUCCCGCCUGGAAGAGAAUAGGUUUAAGUGUGAAGAAAGAUGCUGACAAUGAUUCUUUAAGUGUCACUACAACUAGAGUUGAAAAUGCAGAUUUAACAACCAAACAAAUCAAGAAGAUAAGUAACAAGACAAAGACACAACAAACUAAGAAUAGAGUUCAAAAGAAACCUCCCAAAAGAAUAAAGUUGCCAAAAAGUGAAAGACCACCUCCACCGGUGAAAGACCAGUUAACAUACUUGAAGCAAUAUGAGACUGACCGAGUGAAUUGGAAGUUUAAUAAGCUGAAACAAAACUGGGUUCUUAAGAAUAUAAAAGAAAUCCCCAGUGAAUAUGAACUGGCAUUACUUUUAUAUAUUGAAAGUUUACAAGGUGGGUCAAGAGAUAGAAUUAUUCCAAUUUUAAAAGAUGUUAUUUCAAAAUGGAAUGUUCAAUACGAAGAAGCUGAAAGAAAGAUUGAAGAAGAAAUUUCAAAGAAAUUAGAUUCCAAUAAGAAGGCGGAAGCCGAAGAAGAAGGAAAGAAGGAGCAGACAGGUGAAAAACAAGAGGAUGAUAAAUCUAAAGAAUCCUCAAUAGAUUUAGGAUAUGCAAUUAGGUGUAAAGCAAUUCUUGAAAAGUUAGUUGAUGAACAUAUCAUACUUAAAGGAAAUACUCAAGAAGAUAACGAAUCAGUAGAAGAAGAAGAAGAAGAAGAAGUCAAGCCAAGGGAUAAUCUAAUCAUUAAUCAUGUAGAUGUAUAA